AUGGAGGGUCAUCGUGGCUGCUGGUCCUGUCUUCCAUGGCCAUGGAGGUUGAAUUUGAGCGGCCAGGUGUCACGGCUUCUACAGUACGGCGCUGGGAUCACUUUCGAGACCUCGGAAGGCUCUUCCUCUGCGAUGCUCGAAGAGAGUGCCAAGGCAAGCCCUCUGACGCCGACAUCGACGAGGCCUCCUAGCGCUUCUAGCGCACCGGCCACUCCUUAUCCAAGCGACACUGCGGAGGACGAGGGUGAUGAGCCACCCCUACGACCUCCAAAGCCGAAGGACCCCUUUGAUGAUGUUGAGUUCGGGGAGUUUGUGCAGGCUGCACCGCCGUGUUCUGCGCCUCUUCGGCAGCUCUCGGCAACGCAGCAACUCCUGGAGGUCUCGGCGCAGAAAUGCCAGGACGAGGCAGGCCACUCUGCGCUCCAGCUGACGAUGUUCCCUGGGCUUUUGCAGAGGCUGUCGCCAUUUCUCCAGGUGCAGGGCUACACGCAGCUCCGUGCCACCGGCAGCAGCGUAGGGAGCGUCCUGCACAAGAAGGCUUUGAUCGAGCACCUUCUGUGUUUGAUGCAGCCGGAGAGGCCGGACGUGUUCGCCGCCGCCGGCGAGUGGUGCAAAGAAACCAACCGCAGCGAGCGGUUCUGGGACGACCUCGGCUGGAAAGGUUCGACCUUGAAAGCAGGCAAGGAAGGUCUUUGGGCCUUCUUCCGGGCCUUGAAGAAGUGGCGAAAGCUGGAACCUGCCAUCAUGCUGCCCGUCGUCAAGAACCUGAGGUCGCACUGCCGUCAUCCAGAGCCGGACGUUGCAAGGAAUGCCCAGCGCAUCAUGGCUGUUUGUGCCGGCUGCUUGUUUUCGAUUCGGGGCCAGGGCGCCGCAGUCAAGUCAAUUCGACACCUGUUUGCUGGGGAAAUGAUCUACUGGUUGCGGCAUGCAGACGACGACGUCCGUGCUGAUAUAUGUGGCGAACUAUCCAGAUGUGGACCACACUUGUUGGGAAGGUUCAAUAGAGCCUGCGCCGCGGAGUUAGUGGAAGCCUGCAAGCCUGGGAACGGGGAUGUUUGCCGCAGCAACGCGAGGAAGGCACUCACUGUUUUCGUCAAGAAUGAUGAGGCGCUGCAUCCUUUUGUGUGGCCACUUAUCGAAGAGCUCACGUGGGCAUUACCCUCGGAUGAGGUGCAUGACAUUCACCGCAUGCGAGCAUACAUGUUGUUGACAAGGAUUCGCAGGUCAGUGUCCGACGCUUUGGAUGAUGGGCUUGCUACAAAAAAACAGGUAAGCAAGGCUUUGCAAGAUUUCUUUCAGGCGUGCUGUCCGAGCUGCACCUAA